GAGCUCCCUUGGUCCCCAGCUGGCCAGGACGGUGCCCAGCGGCAUGACAUGCCCAGGGGUUUUGCCAUGUGCUGUGUGGGUGCCCAUGGGAGGGGCCCAGGGCCAGUUGCUGCCUGGCAGGCCCAGCCUGCCCUGAACCCUGGGCCAGUCUGGUUAGCUUCCCCUGUCCUUAGCUCCCUGAGCCAGGCCAGAGGGGGCCACAGGGGGCUCCUGGAGGAGCUCUGGGCUCUAAGUCCCAGCCCCUCGGAAGAGGCGGGCAGCUGAGGCUCCGCAGCCAGAGGCUUCUCAGCUCCAGAGCUCCGGAGCCAGAUGUAACAUUGACCUUAAAUGGUAAAAGCUCCCCAGAGUGAAGAGAGGCUGGCCAGAGGAGGAACGGGGAAUAACUCAGUUUUAGCCUGCGGAGCCCAGGCCUCUUGGAGCAUCUCUGGGGCUGACACAGCAGAGGUUCCGGGCACCCGCGGCCAGUCCUGCCAGAAGGCUGCCAUGCCCCACAUUCCCGAGGACGAGGAGCCCCCCGGAGAGCCACAGGCAGCUCAGAGCCCCACCGGCCAAGGCUCUCCCACCGCAGGAAUAUCUUGCAGUCCACCCACCAUCGUCCUGACUGGGGAUGCCAGUUCACCGGAAGGAGAAACUGACAAAAACCUGGCCAACAGAGCUCACAGUCCCCACCGGAGGCUUUCUCACCGACACUUGAAGGUUUCCACUGCUCCGCUGACUUCUGUGGACCCUGCGGGGCAUAUCAUUGACCUGGUAAAUGACCAGCUGCCAGACAUCAGCAUCUCAGAGGAGGACAAGAAGAAAAACCUGGCUCUGCUGGAGGAAGCCAAGCUGGUGAGUGAGCGAUUCCUGACCCGACGUGGGAGGAAGUCCAGAAGCAGCCCCGGAGACUCUCCGUCAGCUGUUUCCCCAAACCUCAGCCCCAGAGCUUCUCCUACGUCCUCGCGGAGCAACUCACUCACCAUCCCCACGCUGCCUGGUUUGGAUGCAUGCAGUGGCCCACAGCCCCCUCUGCCCGGAGCACCAGCACAGCAGAAGGGGGAUGAGGCCGAAGUCUCUUCACAUCACCUUGGCGAGCCUAAUAUCCCCAAAGGGCUAGCUGACCGGAAGCAAAAUGACCAGAGGAAAGUGUCUCAGGGCAGGCUGACUCCUCGCACUCCCACAGUUGAGAAGUCCAAAGAGAUUGCAAUAGAACAAAAGGAAAACUUUGAUCCCCUCCAGUGCCCUGAGGCCACACCCAAGGGCCCAGCUUCUGGCUUAGGCAGUGUCGGGAAAAUGGCCCUGAACAGCCCGCAGCCCGGCCCUGCUGAGAAUGAGCUGGACAAGCCGCUCCUGAAGACAGCCAGGGAGGGCAACCCUCUGCCCAGAAGUCUGGCCCAGGGCUCUGGAGGGGCAGCUCCCCCGGGCCCCCAGGGAAAAGGCGCAGCUGGAGAGCCAGGAGGGUCCAAGGUUGGCUCCAAAGCCGAGCUUCGGCCCCCUCCUUCCCGGCCGCCCCUGCUUCGGGGCGUCUCCUGGGACAGCGGCCCCGAAGAACCCGGCCCCCGGCUGCAGCAAGUGCUUGCCAAGCUGCCCCUAGCAGAGGAAGAGAAGCGUUUUGCGGGCAAAGCUAGCAGCAAGCUGGCCAAGGUGCCUGGACUCAAAGACUUACAGAUACAAGUGCAACCCGUGCGGAUGCAGAAACUGACCAAGCUCCGUGAGGAGCACAUCCUGAUGAGAAAUCAGAACUUAGUGGGGCUCAAGCUUCCAGAACUUAGUGAAGCGGCGGAGCAGGAAAAAGGGCUCCCUUCUGAACUCUCUCCAGCUAUUGAGGAAGAUGAGUCCAAGAGUGGCUUGGAUGUCAUGCCCAAUAUUUCCGAUGUGCUGCUGCGCAAACUGCGGGUCCACAAGUCUCUCCCUGGAAGUGCCCCUCCGCUCACUGAAAAGGAAGUUGAGAACGUGUUUGUACAACUGUCCUUGGCCUUUAGAAAUGACAGCUACACCCUGGAAUCUAGAAUUAACCAGGCUGAAAGGGAACGCAACCUGACAGAAGAGGACACUGAGAAGGAACUGGAAAACUUCAAAGCUUCCAUUAUGUCUUCAGCUUCACUCUGGCACCACUGUGAGCACCGGGAGACCUACCAGAAGCUGCUGGAGGACAUCGCUGUCCUGCACCGCCUGGCUGCCCGCCUCUCCAGCCGGGCUGAGAUGGUGGGGGCCGUCCGCCAGGAAAAGCGCAUGUCAAAGGCAACAGAGGUGAUGAUGCAGUAUGUGGAGAACCUGAAGAGGACGUAUGAGAAAGACCAUGCAGAGCUCAUGGAAUUUAAAAAACUGGCGAAUCAGAAUUCAAGCCGCAGCUGCGGCCCCUCUGAAGACGGGGUCCCUCGCACAGCGCGGUCCAUGUCCCUCUCUCUGGGAAAGAACAUGCCCCGCCGGAGGGUCAGCGUUGCCGUGGUUCCCAAGUUUAAUGCCCUGAACGUGUCCAAUCAGCCUCCAAGCUCAUCACCCAUCCCCUCCUUACCUGCCCUGUCAGAAUCGCCCAGUGGGAAAGGCAAUCUACCCGUUGUCACCUCAACACUGCCUGCACUUUUGGAAAAUGGAAAAACAAAUGGGGACCCAGAUUGUGAAGCUUCUGCUCCCACACCAACCCCGAGCUGCUUGGAGAUGAGCCAGGAGACCAAGGCCAAGAUGGAGGAAGAAGCGUACAAUAAGAGAUACCAGGAAGAUCUAAAGAAGACCAAAGAGUUUAAAGGCCUAAAGGAGGAGGAAGAAGAACAGAAGACUGAGGGUCCUGAGGAACCUGAAGAGGCAGAAGACAGUGAGGAAGAGGGAAAGGACCAGAGAAGCAGCAAACUUGAAGAAUUGGUUCAUUUCUUACAAGUCCUGUAUCCCAAACUGUGUCAGCACUGGCAAGUCAUCUGGAUGAUGGCCACAGCGAUGCUGGUCUUGACUGUGGUCUUGGGGCUGUACAAUUCCUAUAACUCUUGUGUGGAACAGCCCGAUGGGCCCCUUGGAAGAUCCACUUGCUCAGCAGCCCAGAGGGACUCCUGGUGGAGCUCAGGACUUCAGAAUGAGCAGCCUACGGAGCAGUAGGAAACCUGACAUCCAGCCAGUACCCUGCUCCUACACACAGCCCAUCACCCUUUCCCCAAGUUAUAGUGCUGUCAGGCCCGGGUGUGAGCACGCUGCCACGGUCCAUCAGAGAAUGAGCAGGGGUUCUUUCACAAUCAGCUCCUCUGUGGGAGCUCUUCAUACAUAGUAACUGAUGUUCUCAGAGGAUCAACAAAACUUUCCUGGGAAAGCAGCCAGUAGAUGAAGAAGUCACCUUCACCAAGGAACUCUAAUAGAAGGGAAGGUCGCCUGCCUUGGCUCACUGCAGGGGACAGUGAAAAGCUCACUCUUCCAUUUAUUUCCUCUUUGCAAUAGGGAACAGGAAGAAUUGUGCCUAAAGGCCAACUCCAACCCCAAGGAACAGGCCUGGAAUUAGGAGUCACCACGUCAAUAUCUUCCCAUUUCCUAUCUCAUUCUCACUCUCUUUCUGCCCCUUUGAAACAGAGUUUCUCUUUACAGAAAUAGGAAAGGUUUCUCAGAAAAAUAUUUAGACUGAGUUUAGCUCUGUGCUUGAAAUGCAAUGGGAAGAUGUGAAUUAAUAUAUAUGCAUCUGUACAUACAAACAACACACACAUACACGCAGCACACAUGUGCAUGAAGCCAACAAGCCUCCAAAUGUGUGCUAUGGGUGCUCUGGAUAAAGCCAGCCCACAGAUAUUCACUAGGUUUGGGGCAGUCACCAGGCACCCGUUCAAUGAGCUCUCUAUGUGGAUUUAAGAUGUUUGAAAAACACUGCAAACUCAUGGCUUUAAUAGUGAACUUGCUGGUCUCCAUUUCAAGUACAAUUCCAAACUGUACAGCACAGUCUACUCCCUAUUUGUUCUCUCCCCAUUGGGAGAAGUUAAUUCGACUCUCAGGUGAAUAAGGAGACCCGGUGUGCUUUCAGCGUCCAUGUGCCCACAUAUAAGUGUGCAACUACAUCUAGUGCUUCAGUUCAAAUGGAAUUCUCAACUCAAACAUGUGUUUCGGAGCAUCCCCAAUUGUUUAGUAGAACACUGAUAGAGCACACCCCACCUUCAAUUUGACCUCUCGCUCUACCUUCACAGUCUUCAUUCAUCCCUCAUCAGUUUUGGGGGGUAUUGGUUUCUGUGUGGGUUUUGUUGUGGUUGUUUUGCUUUUGUUUUGUUGUUGAAGUUGUUUGUUUUUGUUGUUAAUAGUCAUAAUAUAAAACUUACUAUGAAACAAACACAGUUCUAGGUACCAGGUAGGUAUUAAUUCAUUUAGUCCUCAAGGAAAACAAACAAAAACUAUGAGGUGGGUACUAGUCUUCUCAUUUUCAGCUAAGGAAACUGAAGCACAAAAAAUACAAGUAGCUCUCAGAGGACACCUAGUUAGUAAAUCAUGGGGCUAGAACUCAAAGCCAGGCAGGCUGGCCCAGAGGCUGUGCUCUCUUAACCACUGCACUAAAUGGCCUCUUCCAGUGGUCUCCUAAUUGGACACCUUACAGUCCAGACCCUUCAGCACCUCCAAACCAUUUCUGGUGCCUAGACUAACCUGUUUUCUCUCACAGUUCUGUUCCUCCACGCACUAGUUUUUCUUCUGCAAUUUUUUCCCCUAGUCAUUCUUCAAGACCAAGUGCAAAAAUCAUCCCCUCCAUAUAGGCUUUAAUUACCUCCUCCAACUCCCCACUAUACCCCACACAAUAGGGCACACCCUUCUCUGUGCUUUCUGGCACUUUUAAAACAUCUUCCUUACUGAUCAUUAUGACAGUGUAUAACAAUAACUUAUUUCUGUGUCUUUCUCCCCCAGCAAUUUUUCCUCAAAGACAAGAACCAUGUCUUACCCAUUUUCUGGGUAAGGGCUUAGCAUGGUGGCUAAUGCUGGGGAGGUUGUCAUUAAAUGUUGAUCAAAAGAACAAGGGAGCCUUUCAAGGUGGUGGAGAGCAGCUUGAGGACAGCUAACAUUUUGCAUACUUACCAAUACCAGCACCAGCAUCACCACUAUUUCUAUAAGAACAAUAACAUCUUUAUUAGCCUCAGCUUAUUCUAAUAUUUUUCAAUCUGCUCUGAGAGAGAACAGAAAUGAGGCCCGGCUAGCAACAUCAUUCCCAAGCUCAAGAACCAGGCUUAAUGCAACCACUCCUUUCAGGAGACCCACCUAAAUUAGGCCCCACUUUAGAACAGCAUGUUGAUUUAAGGGGGAUGUCCUUUACAGUGGCUAGCAAAUCACCAUGAGAGAAACCCAAGCCAGGAUGGACCACGGAUGUGCCAUUAGGUAAAGAGGUGCAGAUCAAGGCAGACAGACUUUGGGGGCAUGGAUGGAUGGUUUACCUUCCCUUUCCAGGGAGGCUGGACUACUGAAGGGGCUCUGGGUCCUGAGAGCCCAAAGGCAGGAUGCAAAUAGAGCUCCUGAGAGAGUGGCUGUGAGAUGAGGCUUUUGGCUGGCAAUGUCCAGUCUCAGCCACUCUUAAAGGACCAGGCUCAGAGGAUCAUUGUCCACUUGGCCACAAGGCUGUGACCUUUGUUUCCAGCUGAGACAAAGGCCAGGAGAGGGGGUUGCAGUGAGUUCCUGAACCUCCAGCUGCUCCACAGAAAGACCUGCAAGAGUCCUCCCAGACAAGGUCCUCACCCAAACUACUCUGAGAGUAAAGGGGGUUGAGAAAAAGAAGGGGUAUAGGAGUAAUCACAUUUCCAUGAGUAUUCCUGAAAAAAGUACUUAUCGGUAUUUCUUUUCUGAAAAGCAAAGAUUGACCUGAAGCGAUGGAACUGUUGUCAAAGCAGCCGUGAAACGGAGAGAAACAGGCCCUGUAUUUCCUAAAGUGAUAUUGAUCUGAAAUAAAAAGUUCCCCUCAAAAUGCCUCUGAAGUCUGACAUUCCUACUUAGCCCUAGGACUCUGGUGCCUAGGCUCAGUUGCAGAGCGAUGUGUUGUUUUGUGCUGUUGUUGACAUCACCUCCUGAAAGGAACUUCACUUUCUGGGUACUACAAAGCCAGUAUGUGUUGCUCUUCAGCCUGCAGAGUAAACAGAGAGGGAGAGGCUGGAUUUGUGUAGCACUGGCUGUCAGUUCCAAAUGUUGUUAAAUCUCACACAGGUGUGCUGGAAUUGAACUGUAGCAUGUCACGUGCCUGAGUUUGAAAAUAAAAGCACAUUUCCAAA